GCUGACUGGUGGGUAUAUAAGACAGUACAUCGUCUCUGUCGUCAGUGUCGCUGUGAGCUCACUGUUACAGCAACUUUUCUCAUUCAGCAUGCAGGAUCACAAUCACAGAAGGGCUCCUCUAGCCUGGUGCCUGGUGUUUUUGGUGCUUGUCCAACAGGUGACCUGCAAUCCUGUGCCAAAAUCAGACACACCUUCAACGUCUGUGCAGGAAGUUCAAAGGUCACUGAAGAGAACCGCUCGAAUGACCCCGUUAUGGAGAAUCAUGGGUACUAAACCUCACGGCGCCUACUGCCAGAACAACUACGAGUGCUCGACAGGAAUAUGCAGGAAAGGCCACUGUUCCUACAGCCAACCGAUUAAUUCCUAAACCGAAGACUCCCUCCUUCUCCGAUCUGACGUUUCUACACCAUCAUGCAUGACGAGAGCUUGAUUCAGUGAGCAACAGGAGGCAACAGAAAAUGCAAUGCAGUUAAUCAUCAGUUAGACAUAUAGUAAGCCACAAAUGAGGCAAUAGGUAAAGUUCUGAAGAUUGUGCUUAUCAUAAGGUACAUAACAUGUGGACUCUUUUGAGAGUGCAUAGAAAACCUCAUAAUCUACCUGCACAGUGGUGUUGCUAUAUUCAAGAAAAGCAUUAUUAGUGGGAUUUGCAUGACUGAUACAUUUCAGGUGGUGCUGGGAAGGUGAUACAGCAGUAUGUGUUUUGGGCCAGUUUCCCUGAUCCAGAUUAAGUCCAGUCACUGUCCUGGAUGUCCGUAGUGCAGAGUAUAGCCUUUGGCACGAACAGCACAUUUCAGGACUAAGCUUAGUCCAAACAUGGAAACUGGUCUGUAGUAUUAGAUCAUGUUACUUGUAAGCUAUAUAUGUAAGUGUAGGCAAACGUGUCUACUAGUGCCUUAGCUCAACCCAAAUGUCGUUGAACCAAAGCUAGCCUGGAGAAAAAGGGACAGAGAAAGUGCAAAGGUUGCCAUUAUCGAUUGUGCCUAGAUAUUAUUAACCAUUAGCCUCCAUCCUCCGCCUUUAUCUGUGUGCUCACGUUUGUUUUAUUUAAUUUAAGACUCAUUUACCUGUCACUAUUUAUGUUGUUAUAUACAAGUGUCUCCACCUCAUCUCAAAGAUCAGGAUUUCCAAGCAUUGUUUCAAUAUGGGAUUACUUAUUUAUUUGUUUGUAUGACUCACCAGUUCAUUUAAAGCUCAUUUUUUAUAUAUCUGACUAUAUAUCACUAAGAUUUAUACUUUAUAUUUACUGUACCGUUACUCUGUAUGUGCAUGUCUUGUAUGAGAACUUUGGGGUUCUGAAAUAAAAACAUGUUCUGAGAAAACA